AUGGCAGCAGACCACACAGUCGGAGACGUCUCCGCAACUCCAACCCUGAAUGAAGACAAUACAGAACACAAAUCGAAAAUGACUACAGAAUCAGCUAGCGUCGAUACUACGACUACCAUGGGCAAUAAUCGAGAGAAACAACACGACUACAGCAACUACGAAGGCGAAGAAAAGGAAGAAGACAUCUCCUCCAACCCACAACAAGUACAAGAUGCCACCGCAGGCCAAGCAGCGUUGACACGAACCACAUCAUCAGUGCAAUACGUAGAAGGCAUGAAAUUGUAUAUUCUCAUGGCUUCGAUGACGUUGAUCUUCUUUCUGGUUAUGGUUGAUAUUGCUAUUGUUUCUACGGCUGUGCCGGCGAUUACGAGUGAUUUUAAUUCUUUGGAGGAUGUGGGUUGGUACGGGACUGCGUAUCAAUUAGCCUGUGCAUCUCUCCAACCACUCGCCGGAAAAGUCUACUCCAAUUUCCGCGCAAAGAAAGUCUACCUAUUCUGCUUCUUCAUCUUCGAAGUCGGCUCCCUAAUCUGCGGCGUCGCCCAAUCCUCCACCAUGCUCAUCAUCGGCCGCGCCGUAGCCGGUAUUGGUUCCUCAGGGCUAAUGAACGGUGGUUUGACAAUCCUAUCUGCUUCAAUGCCUUUACACAAACGACCGAAAUAUUUCGGUAUCAUGAUGGGGUUUGCGCAGAUGGGUGUUGUCCUGGGUCCCAUUAUAGGUGGUGCUUUUACGACUUAUGUUAAUUGGCGAUGGUGCUUUUAUAUCAACCUCCCUGUCGGCGGUGUCGCAGGCGCAAUAUUCCUCUUCUUCAUCGAAAUCCCUGAAAUGAUCAAACCACGCACUGAUACCAUCAAAACGAUUGUUCUCCACAAACUCGAUAUCAUGGGAUUCUUCCUCUUUGCCCCCGCCGCAAUUCAGGUCUUUCUCGCUCUGGAAUGGGGUGGGAAUAGAUAUACCUGGCACAGCGCAACUAUUAUCGGAUUAUUCUGUGGUUCGGGGGCAACUGCCAUCCUUUUUGGGUUGUGGGAACGUCGACAGGGCGACAAUGCUAUGGCUCCAUUCUCCAUCCUCAAACUCAGACCCGUUUGGACGUCAUGCCUGGUUAUGUUUUUGUUCUUUGGGUGUUUGCAGAUUGCGUCGUAUUAUUUGCCGAUUUAUUUCCAGACGGUUAGGGGUUCGUCCGCUAUGAUUAGUGGUGUGCACAUGUUACCGAAUGUGUUGAGUCAGUUGCUUUCUACUGUUAGUUCUGGCGCACUCGUCGGCAGACUAGGCUACUACCUCCCCUGGAUAAUAACCAGCAGCGCCCUGAGCGCCAUAGCCCUAGGGCUAAUCUCAACCUGGUCCCCCACAACCUCCAUCGGAAAAUGGAUCGGAUACCAGAUUCUACUCGGAUUCAGUCGCGGCCUAGGCAUGCAAAUGCCUCUAAUUGCAGUGCAAAACAGCAUAAAACCAAAAUUUGUGCCCGUAGCUAUGGCUCUGGUCUCGUUUGGUCAGACGUUCGGUGGCGCAGUGUUUUUAGCGAUUGGUUCAACCAUCCUAUCAAAUCAACUAAGGGUUGAUAUACCCAAAUAUGCCCCAGGAGUUGACGCAGCCACGGUUAUACAGGCGGGUGGUUCAGGUCCGGCGGUUAGAGCUGCGGUGGGACCGGAUAAUGAGGCUGGAUUGCAGGGGACGCUGGUCGCGUACUCGAAGAGUGUGGGUGCGGUGUAUUGGUUUGCGGCUGGGGCGGCCGGGUUGAUGUUUUUUGUUUCUUGGGGGAUGGGCUGGAAGGAUAUACGGAAGAAGGAUUCUCCUGGUGCUGCUCCUGUGGUUGGGCCGGAGGAGAAUAAGAUAGAUAUCGAAAGUAGGGCCGCGGCUGGCGAGACUGAGGUUGAGAAGACUGCUGAAAAGGUUUGAUCCGUUUUAUUGUUUGUGAUUCCCCAUUCUGCGUGUCAUAUCAGGCGUUCAUACGGGCUGGAUAUUGUUUUCUCUUCUCUGCCAUACUCAUAAUCUAAUAUCCUUCCUAUACUCUUCUAUCAGAUCCAUGUCUAGCUGUUACAAUAUCAUACAUGUACAUAUCAAUCGAGGAUAUAAAAGUCUAGCAUACAAACCCCGUUCUCUUAUACUC